CUCCUCUCUCCUCUAUAUAAGCUCAUGGCAUUUGCUUCCCUUUCAGCUUAAAAUCUCACAUAAACACUUAAUUAUUGAAAGCUAAGAAAAAAUAUAUAUACAUACAUACAUACAUACAUACAUAUGACGGAGCAAAACGGAAAACACGAGGAGUAUCUCCUCAACAUACCCAAAAUCAAGUUCACACAGCUUUUCAUCAAUGGAGAUUUUGUUGAUUCUAUAUCAGGGAAAAAGUUUGAGACGAUAGAUCCAAGAACGGGAGAAGUGAUAGCGAAAAUAGCAGAAGGUGACAAACAAGAUGUUGAUUUGGCUGUGAAUGCUGCCCGUGAAGCUUUCGAUCAUGGCCCGUGGCCCCGUUUACCCGGAUCCGAAAGAAGAAAGAUUCUCCUAAAAUUCGCGGACUUGAUCGAAGAAAACAUCAAUGAGCUGGCGGGACUCGACGCGAUCGACGGUGGAAAAUUGUUCAGCAUGGCAAAGAUGGGCGACAUCCCCGGAGCCGCGGAAACUAUCCGCUACUUCGCAGGUGCGGCGGAUAAAAUCCACGGGUCAACCCUAAAGAUGUCGAGAGAACUGCAUGGCUACACACUACGUGAGCCGAUAGGCGUGGUGGGCCAUAUAAUACCGUGGAACUUUCCCUCCCAAAUGUUCGCCAUGAAAGUGGGGCCCGCUUUGGCUGCCGGUUGUACAAUGGUCGUCAAGCCAGCCGAGCAAACGCCUCUUUCUGCUCUUUACUACGCUCAUUUGGCUAAGUUGGCAGGUAUACCGGAUGGAGUGCUUAACGUUGUAACGGGAUACGGCCAUUCUGCCGGUGCUGCAAUUAGCUCUCACAUGGAUGUCGAUAAGAUUAGUUUUACGGGAUCGACAGAAGUAGGUCGUCUUGUUAUGCAGGCCGCAGCAGCUAGCAACUUGAAACCAGUUUGUUUAGAACUCGGAGGCAAGUCGCCUUUCAUCGUUUUUGACGAUGUGGAUGUUGAUAAAAUCGCCCAUCUUGCCCUUAUAGGAACUCUAUUCAACAAGGGUGAAAUUUGCGUAGCUGGUUCUCGUGUAUUCGUUCAAGAAGGGAUAUACGAUGAGUUUCUUGUUAAGUUGUUGGAGAAGGUGAAAACAUGGGUGGUUGGUGAUCCUUUCGAUCCGAAUACUCAUCAAGGACCCCAAGUUGAUAAGAAACAGUACGAAAGAAUUCUUUCGUACAUCGAACAUGGAAAGAAGGAAGGGGCCACUUUGUUGACAGGUGGUAAGCCUCUCGGCGGAAAAGGGUACUACAUCGAGCCCACCAUUUUCACCGAUGUAGAAGAUGAUAUGACGAUUGCGAAGGAAGAAAUAUUCGGACCCGUAAUGUCUGUCAUGAAGUUCAAAACGGUGGAAGAGGUUAUCAAGAGAGCAAACGCGACUAAAUACGGACUAGCAGCUGGAGUUAUGACGAACAAUUUGAAUAUAGCGAAUACAGUAUCGAGGUCGAUUCGUGCCGGGGUUAUAUGGGUAAAUUGCUAUUUUGCAUUUGAUAGAGAUCUACCAUAUGGAGGUUAUAAAAUGAGUGGUUUUGGUAGGGAUAUGGGGAUGGAAUCUCUUGAUGCCUAUCUUCAAGUUAAGUCUGUUGCAAUGCCCAUUCAUGAUUCCCCCUGGCUCUAAAUAUAUAUAUAUAUAUAUAUAUAUAUAUAUAUAUAUAGACAAUUUGUUUGUAAUUUUGUACCAUGUGUGUUUCAAUAAUUUGAUGUCAAACUCAAGCUCAAUAAUUUGGUCACAUUAUUGUUAUUAUCUUUGACUACAAAGUUAAAUCU